CGAAUCGAAGCCUAUGUGCUCAUAUUUUGUAGAUGACAUCCAGGCAGAAUAGUCCAAAUAGCGGACAGGGGUCCUCGAGGUCUGUGUCCCCAGAACGGUCGUUGAGGAACACACUUGAAGAAGAGAGAGCUCUCAUCAUCCAGAGGAAUUUAAAGAAGCUAGCAAGCCUUGGACUACAGGUCACCAGGCCUUCAAGCAAGCCUCCAUCUCGUCCGCCAAAACAGCGCUCACAACGAGGAGCUGAAGAAGGACACCCUCGACCAUCAGCAUGUAUUGCUACUAUGCGUGCUGCAACAAAGAGGAAAGCCGCUGCCGCCGAGGGUGCGGUCCGCAAUAAGAAUGUGACCUCGUGGGGAAGACCAAGGGCUGCUUCCUUGUUGGAGCACGUAAGAAGAAGGACAUCAAGCCCGAGGCUUUGGGGGCUGGAUUACUAUUGGGCGACCUGGGUGACGAGACCGCUGACGGCUGCACUGAUCUCCUGGUGAUUGGCCGCACCAUGGGAGUCAUCAAGGACCUUGGCACUGUGCACAUUCCCCCGACUGGCCAGUCCUUUGCACUAAACGACCGGCCACUCCGCCUCUUCCAGAAGGUGCGAUGGCCCAUUGUGGGAUUGCUCGCAGUCAAGGGCAAGAUGACCGCAGUCCAGUGGGCCAUGAGGACCACUGGGCUGAGCAAGAAGCAGUUGGAUGCGGUGGACUUGGAGUGAUACACGCCCUGUUAGGAACCACCUUAUGUGGGGGGAGGGUAGGCGGUGUGUGGGGCUGUACUUGGCUAUUGGGCUGUCCUGUCCAUGCGCCUAGUUGCGAGCCCCUUAGCAUAGGCCUUGUGAUCGCGUUCAGGGAUCCAUCAUAACACUCAUUCAUUUGGUAUGCUGCAGUACCAUAUGCAGUUCCAGCAUGGAUCGAGCAUGUGAUUGUAGAUAUGUUGUAGGUAUAAGUGCUGGCAUGGUGGACCUGACCUCAUAUGUGUGUCUGCCUGAAUGGGAAAGUGGUCUGCUGUGAAACUCGGGCUCUAGCGAGAUGUGGCCCUAGGUUUUUGUUGGGCAUACCUCUGUUUGAAGGCGCCCUUAAGAAGCGGUUUAAGAAUGCUGGGGGACGGAAUGCUUGAGAACACUGUAACAAAACGCUUGAGAACGCUGCAAGAAUACUUGAGAAUGCUUUGAGAACGCUUGAGAAUGUUGUAAGAACGCUUGAGAAUGCUAUAAGAACGCUGUAAGAACGCUGUAAGAACGCUUG